AUGUCCUCCACUUCUCCACCGAAUGAACGAGCUCUCGCUUCCAAUAAUAACGAUCAUGGAACAGCAACAACGACUACCUCUCUUCCACAAUUUCGAAUUCGAAGGUCAGCCUUUAAAUCUCAACAACAUCCUCAUCACGUAUUGACAUCUUCUUCCUUGAAUCCUACUACUACCACAACAAAUACGUCAAUUCCAACCCGAGGAGGAAUAUAUCCUUCAUCAUCAGCACCGAGUACUGUUUUGAAUGGUUCUCCAUCUUUAUGGCAAGAUGAAGAACAGAAUCAUGGAAAACAACAACAACUCUCAUCCUCUCUUCCUUCAACAACCUCAUCCAUCAUUACGAAUGAUGAAGAAGAUUCAUCAUCCAAUACAAUAAGAACAAGAACAACACGAACAACAACAACAAUUGUACCACCUUCCAACCCUUCUUGUCAGACACCCAUAACAACAACAAUAACAACACCAAUUGUGAAAUCGAUGGCCCUCAGAGACUCUUCCACGAAACUCUAUUCCUUUAUUCAUGUCCUACCAAAUAUUAUUACUUCUACUGCUACCACUACGACUACUGCUACUACGAGUACUGCUACCACUACCACUACCACUACUACUACCACAACUAUGGAUGAUAGAAAUUUAUUCAAUGUGUGUCAUCAUUGUGGAGACAUUUUAGAUUAUUUUCUGAGUCAUGUGGAAACGAGUAGGAAUGAUGAUCCUCAUCAUGAAGAAGAAAAAGGUAUUCCUGUUUCAUGUGGUGAUGUAAACCACAAGACUUGGGAUGAAAACUUGUCGUCUGAAAAUCAAUCUCGAUGUGAAAUUUUGUCGUGUUGCUACAAGUGUCUCUCCUCCAAUCAUGAAUGUCCAGUGUGUGAAAAAAGUCUUGAAAAUAAUAUUGUAAAGGUUCCAUGGACACUGCAUUUAGAUUCCACUCGAAAUGAUUCAUUAUUGAAACAAUAUCAAGAACUGAUUGGAAGAUGCUCUCAAUGUCACGAGUAUGUGAAAAGAGUUAAUUUUGAAAAACAUGUACAGAACGAUUGUAAAACUGAAAUUGAAACCAAUUUUGAAGAGAUUCAACAACAACGAAUCGAAGCAUUACACCAUGAAUAUUCAUUGAAGAUUGUUGCUGCCAAUGAAAGAGUCAAAAAAUUAGAGUCGAAUCGUAAAGAAUUGACCAGUCAAAAGAUGAAUCUUCAAAAUGAAAUUUCGGAUCUUGCCAAGAAACGAUUCAUGGAAGAACACUCUCAAAUUGUGACUUUGGAUGUAGGAGGUGAAAUUAUGCAGACGUCACUGUCCACACUCUUGAAUCGAGAAUUUGAACCUGAAUCCUUGCUUGCAACCAUGUUUGAGAAUGCAUCUAAUCAAGACACAGAGCAUUACAUUGAUUGUGAUCCUGAACAUUUUUCUCAUAUAUUGCAUUGGCUUCGAUAUGGAAAUAUUCGAGUCGAUACAGCAACAGGUAAACUUCUUGUGGAUGUGGCUGAGGAAUUUGGUCUGCGAAAUUUAAAACAACAAAUUGAAAGUUGUGAAUUAUUGAAAGAGACCAUGUCUAAAUUUGGUCUUUCAAAAACGAACAAGACAUAUAACAAGAUCAAACAAUAUGAAAUGGAUCACUUACUGAACUAUUCCAUGAAGGAAAAUGUUCAACUGUUACUGACCAAUGUGGAUUUGAGAGGAGUCUCUUUACGUGAUGUUCAAAUUACCAAUGCUGUCAUUACCGAUUCUGAUUUUAGUGGUUUGAAUUUAAUGGGAUCUUCUUUCUGUGGCACGAAUUUGAGUGGAUGUAAUUUUGAAAAAUGCAAUUUGACCAAUGUGAACUUGAGUGGAUGUAAUUUGACGAAUGUGAAUUUCAGAAAUGCCACUCUGACGAAUGCCUCUCUCACAGGAAGUAUAUUGGAUGGAUGUAUCCUUGAAAAUUGUAAUUUAUCCAAUGCCAACUUGAAAGCUUGUGAUCUUACCACUUGUUCACACUCUUCGACAGGAUAUAUUUUAGCAAAUGCCAAAUUGAAUCGAGCCAUUGUGAAUGCAGACUUUUUGAGAAAAUCAAAGAGUUUGUUUGGUAUUGACCUCAGUGGAUGUAGUCUUAAAAAGAUGGACUUUUCUGGUCUUGAUUUUUCCUAUGCCAAUUUAUCUAAUUGCAUUCUCACACAGAGUAAUUUUACACAAACUAAUCUUGCAAAUGCCAAUCUUAGCACUUCGUCUCUCAGCGAAUGUAUCUUUACAAAAUGUAAUAUUACUGGUGCUAAAUUGAUGAAUUCUAGUUUGAGAAAUUGUGAUUUGACAAGUAUUGAUCCAGCAUCGGUUGGAUAUUGUGUGGCUGGAGCAAAAUUGCAAGGCGCCAAAUACGACGAUGAUUUUAUGAACAAGGCCAUCAAGUUGGUACGAAAUAAGAAAGAAUCCUACGCACGAAGAAAUCAAUCACAAGAAAACGAUCUCGAAACUCUCAUGCUUUCAGAUGCCUACUUUUACAGUAUUCUUAAAGUUUUUGCAGAAAAAGAAUAUGCAUGUGAAAAUUUAUUACUGUGGGAAAAAAUUAAGAAUUUGUCAUCAGAUUUCAACAACCUGCAAGCAGUGGUCAGCAAAGAUGUGUUGCAAGAAAUUUAUAAUGAAUAUGUGAGGCCAAGUGCACCCAAUGAGAUUAAUUUUUCAUCGGAUUGCAAGAAAAAGUUCUACUCAUUAAUAGAGCCCAACUCGGAUCCAAAACAUGCUUCACUGGCUAGCACACGAGAAAGUUUAAUCCAUGUAGCCGAACCUAUUGCUGAAAAUAGUGAGAUGGUAAAGAAGCACAACGAAGAAGUGAAUGUGAAAUCAGUCAUGGAUUUGUUGUGGUCUGAAUUGUUCAUGAACAUUUAUGACACCUUCACACGUUUGCAAAAAACAAAGCAAUACACCCAUUGGGAAAAGACAAGCACCAACGUUCCAUUUGUUACCUCACACGAGUAA